AUGUCGCCAUCUCUUCAUCCAUCCAUUGACAACGGUAUCACGCCCGGCGAUCCAAAUUUCGCCGGCGGGAAGCUUCGCUGCCACUGCAAGGAGGACCCUGUCGAAGUUAAUUUGGACAGCAACGUCCUGCACAACCACGCCUGCGGAUGCUCCAAGUGCUGGAAACCCAGCGGCGCGCUGUUCUCCAUCGUGGCCGUCAUCCCAAAAGACAAGGUAACCGUCACCGCCAACGGCGACAAGCUCCGCGUCAUCGACCCUCAGGCGGCAAUCCAGCGUAAUGCCUGCCGAGACUGUGGUGUGCACCUCUACGGGCGUAUCGAGAAGUCGCCUGAUGAGCACCCCUUUUCGGGACUGGACUUUGUGCACGUCGAGCUGUCGGACACGAAGGGCUGGCAGGAGCCGCAGUUCGCCGCCUUCGUCUCGUCCAUCAUCGAGCAGGGCUUCGAUCCCUCGGGCAUCGACGAGGUGCGCGCCCGGUUUAAGGAACUAGGACUGGAGACUUAUGACACCUUGUCCCCAGGUCUGAUGGAUGCCAUGGCUACUUGGACGGCAAAGAAGGCCGGACGCUUGCCCAAAUGA